UGGAUCGGUUCGGUCGUGUUUUCUGAAAACGCUUUUCCCUCGACCCACGGCUUGAGUGUUAGGCACUGUUUUUUGUGUCUAUUCACUAUCAUUGCUUCUCGUGCUGUUUUUCUAUUUUUUGCGAAACUGCUCCCUUCUCUUAUCAGUGAACAUAUCUUCCUGCCAGCCAGUGGCAAUGUGUAUGCCAGUGUCUGUUUGUGUACUCCUUUAUCAAUAAAGAUUGUCCUUUUUCUUGAUUUCGUGAAGAUUCUUCUGUUUUGGAUGUGAAAUUUUCUUCUCGGAUAAGAAUAUCCUUUCGAUUACCGAAAGUAGCAGUGUGUGAAGGAAAGAAUUUACUACUCUCAAUUCUAAAAAGCGUGUAUAUCGACGCAGUGAAGUGAUUUUGAUUUUAUCUUGUUCUUCACAUCUAUUACGAACUGUGCGAGUGUUACAAGUGAAAAGGAAAUGUAUCUACACAGUCUUACCGCUUAUCCUUGGAAUUGAGCAGGGAAAUACGUUUCUAUAAGCAUAGUGAUUGCAGUAUUCGCUGAGGGUCGAAAUCAAGUAACAAUUCAAAGUUGCCUAUCCCCUCCACAGUAAAUGUCCCAUCAUGCAUACGAGUGAAACGUUAGACUGAUGGGUCACAGCUCGUUUUGAACUAAUAAAUGUGCGAGGCAGCUUUAAUUUGGUAGCAUCCAGAACUACAAAAAAAAAUGAGUGCACAUGCGUCCCUUUUUACGAUCCAAUCUCAAGUAUCUCUGCAUCUAUGCACGUUCGACACAGCAGCAGGCAGCAUCAAACAAUGUUGAACUUAAAAAAUAACGAAAAGCGUGGUGUAUAGUGACAUAUUCACUCUAGUAACAGUUGGAAACCCGACCAACCCGAAAUCGAACCAAUUGUGUCAAUGAGGUUCACUAUUGCGGUAACAACUGAGAACGGGAUCUGGUCUGUAACGAAGUGGUGGCCUGAGUGUAUUUGAUUGCUCAAAAUCAACCUUCAAAUGGCUGGGAAUUGGUCCCAGGACUGUGCGGUGUUUUAUGAAUUGGAAACAUGUUUGCGGUGUACGAAGAGAGCAUCAACAAAAUCUGAACAUAAUAGUGUACAAUAAAAGUGAAACGAGCAAUAACUCAAUGUGGUGCCCUUGUGAUGGAAUGAAAUAAUCAAUUUUGCACAUGUGAUCUGUAUAGAUUGGAUAUCGUGAUAGGGAAGGUGCGUUGGUUGUUAAUAUAUUUCCAGUUGAAAAAGUAUAAAUUAUAUUUCGCGUAUCCGAAAAAGAGUCGUUCUAACAUUGAUGUGGUGACAAAAGCAAUGGUGUACUAAACAAACCAUACACAACCAAAACAUAUCUUCGCAAUGUUCUCAAAUUAUAUUAAAUUUGAGUCAAUAAAGGCUCAAACAACAAAUUCUCAAAGAAUAAUGGGAUUCAAGUUUUGCUUGCUAUCGGUUAUAGCAGUAGUAUAUAUAAUCGUCAACGUAUGUCCCUGUGAAUGCUUAGAAAUUAAUGAAACGCUUGUUACGCGAAGACAUAAGCAAUUCACGACGGAAGAGUUGUUGAGCAUUAAAUUUCCUAGCAGUAUCUCUAACGACAUUGAUAUGGAUCCUUGUAAAUCAAGCGGCUUUUUGGGCGAUAUCGCACUGCCAAAUAUAAACUACGAAACGGAGUGGCAAAAGCAAAGACUGAAUAAAUCCUUCCAGCAGGAACUAGAAAAACUUAAACAAGAAGUUUAUCACGAAGGUCUGCAAGUGGAGGAGGAAGGGUUGACUGAUAUUAUCCGAAAGAAAACUAAACAGCUAACGCCAGAUUUGAUAAGCAAUGGACAUACAAACCUGAGCCAGCAAACCAGUAAAAAACUCAAUGAUCCCACAGUAGACGUUUCUGGAUCGCAACCUAUCGAUCACAAAUCGCUGAACAUAAAAGCUCAUCGCCACGAGGACAGCGAUAAUGCAAUAAUUGACAGUUACUACGGUCAAUCACAAUUCAAGGCAACUAUCAUAGACAAUAAUGACAACAUCAUACAUCGAAAUGAUAACUCCAGCCGGAAUGAACACAAAACGGAGCAGUCAACCCAACAAAAUCGCUUAUUACCAAAAAGUUCAAUAUCAAGUGGAAACGAUAACAACGCUGACAAAGACAAGAAGAACGCUAAAACAGCGGCAGUUCGCAAUAUUGACCAUAAUCGCAUUCAAUCCGAUACGAAAGAUAUCAUUAUUGAUGACUCGAGUAAUAACAUAAUAACAAACAAUCAUGCCAAUAGGAAGAUUGCUCUUACGGCACUUUCAACGCCUACGACAACGAUGAAAACAAUCCGUACGACUCAAGCUAACCGAUUCAGUAAUGCCGGAGGGAAUGGCAGAACUUUAGAAGACGUGCAGGUGCUAAAUGGGGAUGGGAGCAUAACUACGCACAAACGCCAUCAUCGGCGUCGCAGGCAGGGUAGUGGCCGUAAAAAUACAGACACAAAGGAACUGCUAUCGGAUAAAAUCCGUCGGAAACCAAUAGAUGCAAAAUCAGAUUCGUAUAGAGCCAGGUUAGAUAGGCUAAAAAGUGAACUAAGUACUCCCACCCUUUCAAUAGAUGAUUCGAACAUGAAACAAUCAAAAAAGGAACAUAAAAAGGGUGUCAGAGGUAAACAAUCCUUAAGUAAAGUGAAAUCCAGAAGCAAGACUUUGCAUAAGAAAGCUUUACAAGAGCUCACAUACCGUCAUAAACAAACUGGCAAAAGUUACGAACAGGAGAGUAGAAACAAAAGCACAUACGGAAAAAUGUACACCAUCAGACAGGAACAUACCCGCAUUCACGAUGAUAUCAUCAUUGAAGACAAAAAACCAGACGUGGGAGCCAUAUCUGAAGCAGCAUUAAUGACGGAUUCAAAAAGAAAAGCUGUUGGUCCGUCGCUCCUGAUGACACAUGAUGCAACUAGCAAAAACGGGGAAAAGCAAAUACAUUCAUCGCCACCUGUUGAUGAAAAAAGAAAAGACCACCAUCAUCGAGUGACACGUGCAGCCACAGCGAAGAAAGAGCGAAUAUGGGACUUUGGUGUCAUCCCGUAUGAGAUCGAUGGCAAUUUUAGCGGUUUGCACAAAGCUCUCUUCAAACAGGCGAUGCGUCACUGGGAGAAUAAUACAUGCAUUAAAUUUGUCGAGCGUAAUCCGAUCGAGCAUCCUAACUAUAUUGUCUUCACGGAACGGCAAUGCGGCUGUUGUUCGUUCGUCGGAAAACGUGGCAAUGGACCACAGGCCAUCUCGAUUGGUAAAAACUGUGACAAGUUUGGUAUCGUUGUGCAUGAAUUAGGGCACGUAGUUGGAUUUUGGCAUGAGCACACUAGACCGGAUCGUGAGAAUCAUGUGGUAAUUGAGAAGAACAACAUAAUGGUAGGCCAAGAAUACAAUUUUAACAAGUUAACGGAAGAUGAAGUAAAUUCUCUGGGUCUACCAUAUGACUAUGAUUCGAUUAUGCACUACGCGCGGAAUACUUUCUCCAAAGGAACCUAUCUGGACACUAUAUUCCCAAUUGAAAUGCCGGGACGGAAAAGACCCGAAAUCGGACAACGAUUGCGACUCAGCGAGGGAGACAUCGCGCAAGCAAACAUGCUUUACAAAUGUGCCAAAUGCGGUCGCACAUUUCAGGAUAACUCUGCUUCCUUCACCUCGCCUAGUUACUAUUCCAUCGUGGCACCGAGCGAUCCGGAGCGGUGUGAAUGGCGGAUAACUGCCACUCACGGGGAGAGAAUUGUGCUCAACAUAACUGACCUGGAUAUCUUUAAAUCGAACAAUUGCCGCUCAGAUUACUUAGAAAUCCGCGAUGGAUACUGGCAUAAAUCGCCAAUUCUUGGUAAGUUUUGUGGAUCCGGUAAAGUUAACGAUUUGAUCAAAUCGACAGGUAGUCGAAUGCUCCUCACGUAUACUACAACGUUCCGGCAGUCCAAUAUGCGAGGAUUUGCUGCAAGCUAUGAGGCGGUUUGCGGUGGCAAUGUGAAUUUAGAAAGUGGUGGGCGUCUCGAAUCACCAAACUAUCCAAUGGAUUACUUACCGAACAAGGAAUGUAUUUGGAAAAUUACUGUCCCGAAAGAUUACCAAGUGGCUCUGAAAUUUCAAUCAUUCGAGGUGGAAAAUCAUGAUAACUGUGUAUAUGACUAUGUUGAGGUGCGAGAUGGCGAUUCAGCGGAGUCACGAGUCAUUGGAGUAUUUUGCGGUUAUAAAAUACCACCUGACAUGAGAUCGACUACCAACAAAAUGUUCGUUAAGUUUGUGUCAGAUGGAUCGGUUCAAAAAGCUGGUUUCUCCGCUACCUUCAUGAAAGAAGUAGACGAAUGCGAACGAAUGGACCAUGGUUGCGAACACGAAUGUAUCAACACUCUUGGAGGCUAUGAGUGUGCUUGUUACAUUGGAUAUGAGUUACAUAGCGAUAAGAAAUCGUGUGAGAAUGCCUGUGGAGGAACUCUUAAACAACUGAAUGGUACAAUACUAUCACCCUCUUUUCCGAACGAAUAUCCAAUCAUGAAGGAAUGUGUAUGGGAAAUCAUAGCGCCGGCACAGCAUAAAAUCACCCUUAAUUUUACCCACUUCGAAUUGGAAGGUAACACGUUCUACCAGGCUUCAGAAUGCCAGUACGAUUCAGUAACCAUCUAUUCAAAAUUGAAUGAGGAUACUUUAAAGCGACAUGGUGUAUUUUGUGGAACAAAAAUCCCACCUACAGUUACCUCAGAAGAAAAUGUACUGCGUGUUGAAUUCAAAUCUGACAAAACAAUACAAAAGUCUGGCUUUGCUGCAGUUUACUCAACCGACGUAGACGAAUGUGCGGUUAACAAUGGUGGAUGUCAACAUGAAUGCAAGAAUACUCUUGGAUCAUAUGCUUGCUCUUGCCAUAAUGGCUAUACUCUUCAUGAUAAUGGACACGAUUGUAAAGAAGGGGGUUGCAAGUACGAGGUAACAUCCCCUAAUGGGCAGAUUUUCAGUCCCAACUAUCCAGACUAUUAUCCACCGAAAAAGGACUGUAUCUGGCACUUUACGACAACUCCGGGACAUCGAAUUCGACUAGUUUUCAACGUUUUUGACAUCGAACCACACCAAGAAUGUGCCUAUGACCACAUUGUCAUCUACGAUGGAGACUCUCCGGAAAGUUUUGCACUCGGACGUUUCUGUGGAGCAAAACUCCCACAUCCAUUAUCUUCUACGUCCAAUGAAAUGUAUAUGGCAUUCAACACGGACACUAGUGUUCAACGCAAGGGUUUCUUCGCAAGUCAUUCUACAGCUUGUGGAGGACAUUUACGUGCAACUAAUAAGGUAAAACAUAUUUACUCCCACGCUAAGUAUGGAGCUGGAAUGUACGAUAACGGUGCUGAUUGCGAAUGGUCCAUUGAGGCAGACAGGGACAAAAAUGUGCAACUGAAGUUCCUCACGUUUGAUGUCGAAGAAGAGCGUAUGUGUUCAUACGAUUAUGUUGAAGUAUAUGGAGGUUUGGACGAUGCUAGCGGACCGUUACAUGGGAAGUACUGUGGAAAUAGUAAUCCACCAGAAAUAAUAUCAAUGAAUGAGGCGCUCCUGGUCCGCUUCCGCUCGGAUGACACUGUCGGCUUCAAAGGUUUUUCUGCAUCGUACGUCGCAGUAAGCCCUUUUGGAGACGGAUUUUCGACGGACGAGGAUCUGUCCGAAAGCGCCGAAAUUACGCCCUUCCCGGGCUCACUCAAAAACACAGUUAUAGAAGCGGAAGAAGACAUGGACGAAGACGACGAUGAAGACUACGAAAUUUUUGUUCAUCAUCGUCACUUGAACCCCAAGGUUCGGUUUUCGGUGCGAAACGAAAUACGAUCAUCUCAAGCCAUCGACUGAAAUAGGCCUAAACGCGUCGGCUUUCGGCGCAAAAUUAAUUAGUUUUCAUUAUAAGACAAAUCUGAAGUUGAAUUCCUAUCAACUUACACAGUGGUCGACGGCAAAAAGUUUAGGAUCUUAGGCAUUGCUUAUGUACCACGUAAAACUGGUACAUGAGCAAUGUCAACUUAUCAAUAAGUAAAACAAUCUUUUUGACAGUUCAGUGAUACUGUUUAUAUGUACGUAAGAAAGCUUGGUUCAACAUAAAUCAGUACUACCGAAAUGUCAAAGAAGAACUCGAGUUCAUUUGAGACGUCAUGAUACAAAACCUAAUAGAUCAAGAGGUUUUGAAAAAAAUCAACUGAACUAUUUGUCAUAUCAUUAGUCGAACCACAAAAUAUUUUUUCGCCAAUGCUUUGUACUGGAAUAUCAGAUCUCACAUGAUUUUAAUAUAUGAGAUCAAUGGUUGAGUUGAGAUGAAUAAUGGUACAGUGACCGCAUAUCAAACAUCAAAACAUGAUAAGAGAAUCGUUUAAAACAAAAAAGGAACAACUGUAAAAGCCCAGUAAAUAAAUAAUAAAAGCUAAAUAUAACGCCAAAAGCAAUGUUACACCAGUCUUCGAUAUCUUGUGAAUAUUUUGUUCAAUAUUUACUGAUCUUGCUCGUUACAGAAUGGUCGACAAAUUCUGAAUGUAUGUACUAAUCUCCCCUACGAAGCGCUAUAGGAAUGGGCAAACAUAAAUUAGUGUAUUCGCUUGAUGCUGUACCUAACCCAUCCUAAAUGCUGUCAAACCGUAUGUUUUAAGUCAGUUCAGAACCCAGUUUUAAUUUAAUUUUUUUAGAAUUGAAAAUCGGAUCAGUUUCGAACCUUAUUCUUCCAUCGCUCCCACCUUCUUUGCUUAGAGCUAACCCAGUAAAAGUACCCUAGCUCGGUUGCACAUUUCUCAAGUGAAAAUGGCAUAAUAUUGAAUUUUUAAAUUAUGUUUAACUACAGAAUCGAAAUCUUCGCCACAAAACGAGUGUUUAAUUCCAAAGACGUGAGUUUAAACCGAUGCGAAAAUACAGUUCAACGCAAAGGAUAAUCUUUUCAUUUUUAAAACGUUUUCAAGUAUUAAUAAUUUCAAUUGCGGUAUUUAGCGUAUUACAUAAUUUGGACUGAACAUUAUGCACAAAUUGCAAAUAUUUUUACAUUUUUUCGUAUAACUAUUCGGAAGAAUAAAAGUGUUACAUCUUCUUCUUCCUUCUGAUUGGCGUAACCUCACUUGAAAUGACGCCGAUUGAUGACACAUCAACAUAGGCUAUAUUGCCAGUUACUAUUCGUUCAUAGUCCAAUUGACAUUUUUUUCACUGCAACAACCUUGAUGUGUUGCAACAUCGAGUCAUCAAUGUACGGAUACAAUUGAUUGAAAAUUUCAAAGCCUACACGAAACCAGAAAACUACAUUUUUUUAAGUACUUUCCAUCCAAUUUUGGGAUUCCGUUAUGUAACCAAAUUUUAUGUGGUUUGCAUAAUUCCCACGAAAACAUAUACCGAAAGGUAAGUAGUAUAAGUAGUAUAUAUACUCAAUAGUAAGUUCUGUUUACUCAACUGUUCAGUUUCAUUGUCUCAAUUUUCAGAUGCGAUUUACUUAAUUUUAGCUGUUUGACAACAAUGGAAAUGUUUUGACAACAAUGGAAAGAACGAAAGAAAUUAUUUAAAAUGUACUCAACGUAAAAUGUAGUCAACUAUUGAUGCGUUAUUUCGCAAUAAAUAAAGAGAAUUUUCGCAAAUGAAAGCAUUUUUUUUCGUGUUGUAGCGGCUUACCGAGAACUACCUUUCGUAGUCAAAGUAAACAGCUUGAAAUUUGAAUAAUUACUGGGCUUAGCAAGAUGAAUUCGUGAUGGAAAUCAAUUAAGUGAAUUGUUUAUAUUUUCAACUACACAUUGAAAACUGUUAACUGUUGUUCAGCUCUUUUCGUAAAGUUAUGUCUUGGUCAUUUUAUCAUGUAUUUAAUUUCAGCAUAUCAACUUUAAAAAAAGCAUAUCAACUUUAAAAAAAGUGUAAAUUUAUUGUCAACACAUACCAGCGGUAGUAAAACAAUGCGCAUCAUCCACGCAACGUUGGCCUUCAAAUAAUAAAGUUCUUGAUGUGAGACAUACAUAUCUAAGUAUUAUUUGUUUUUUGUAUUACUAAGUUUGGUUUUGAAGCAUUGUUUUAUUAUAUAAAAUCAAAACCAAAGUGCACUAUUGCAUACCUUUUGUGGAAUUUGACCAUUCUGCUUCACCAGACUUCGCAGUCAAUUUCUAGUGUACAGAAAAGUACAAAGUGCAAAGAAUCCAACUGGUUGCAAAUCCAAUUUUUUUGUUUUAGGCAUGAACUUAUGUUUAGAGCACAAUAAGCCAAUAUUUUUUAAUAAUAUACUAGUGACUUUAACCAAUCAACACUUUCUUUUGUCGAGUUAUUUUCUUCUGUUUCACAUCAUUAACAUAGUUGUAACUUUACAUUCGUAUUUUGUUGUUUAGACCAUGCUCUACUAGGCUACCUUGUUCUAAUCGAAUUUUGAUUCCAAAUGAAUCGAAACAAAUUCAUUGGGCAGUUUUAAAUCUGCUUGAAAUUUGAACACGUGGAAUCGAACUGCAUCUUGACAUCUGGAUUAAAAUUUUCUAACCGAAGAUCAAAAGUAGUUAAGCUUAAGUAAAAUAGAAUAGCUGUGGAAAUUGGCUGAAAGUUUUAGGAGAUGAUGUUGAUAUGUAUCGUAUACGGUUGCUUUCUUUAUAUAAGAGUUGAUUUAGGUUCAUUACGUUUCUAUUGUAUGGCCAGGGUUGACGGUUCAACGCAGUUGUCGUAUGUUAGAGUUAGUGUCAAUAGGAUCAUAGUACUAGUCAUGCAAUGAUUAUGUACGCUAAAAAUCUACUUCGAAGUCUGAAUAAACAGAAAUGCCAAAUUCCACAAAAGGAAUGUAAUGCCAAGACUUUGCGUAACAUUUUUAAUGAAAUCGGAAACGAUUGCAAAAUGCGUUUAAUCUGGAAAAUUACAUCUCAAAGGCAAUACUGUGAAGAGAGAGAGAGAGAGAGAGAGAGAGAGAAAGGAAGAUUUUGAGCCAUUUUAUAAAACAACUCAGUCUUAAACAUCAUAUCUAGGAUCCUAUAUAAGCGUAACUUGAGAUUAAAUAUUUGUUUCUGGAAAUGGUCUUAAUAAGUUUCUGGAGUAAUUUUCCGUUCGUUUCAGUUAAAAAAAUAGGUGAGAAUUGGAAAAAAAUACUAAAACACAAAUCAAGACUCAACUCAAUUCAUCUCAACAUCACACUAAAUUUUAGGUCAACAAAAAUAUGUUUUCUUUUUAUUGACAUAUGAAUGAAACACAUAAAUGGAAACAGAUAUGUCAUUGCCACAAGGAAUUGUAUUUUCGCGCUAGAAAAAAAUAUCAUUGAUAUAAGGGACAAUUUUGAACUUGGUUUCGUUUCAAUAGAUCUUACUGUCGACUUGAGUAUAAACACGUAUCAUAUGUGGCAAAAGCCAAAAAUCAGCUCUUAUGAGUUAAGCAUUCUAACUGAAACAAAGCAUAUACAAACAUUCCAUUGUCAUGUUCGAUAUUGAUCCAAAAGUUUUCUUCGCUGUUGUAUCCUCGAAAUGUUAUUUAAAAAGAGAAAAAAACAAAUUAAAUAUGAAUAGUCCUGUAAAGUUUUCGAGAUAUUACGAAUCGAUCCAAAACAAAUUAAAUAGUUCAGUGUAUCAAAGAAAAUAUUCCCGAUUAAAAUAGAAAUAAUUAAUAUUAGAUGAUAAUAAUUAUAAAAACGUGUAUGUUUGAAUAACAAAAUUUAAGGAUUAGGAAGAAUGCAUUUUGACAAUAAAACGUGAAAAGGAGAGAUAGUAUUUUAUCAAACAUUAGUAAUAACGAUGCCUAUAUUAUUUGUGAAAAUAGAAUCUAUUAUAUGUUGAAUGACUUUCAAAAAAUAUGUUUUAGAUUCUCAAAACUGAAUAAUUGAUUUUUAUUCUUCCUAUCGUAUCAGAAGGGCACGUCGACCCAUAUUUAUAUGGUAUUGCUUACUUGAUAAUUGAGAUUCAUAAUGAGUCUAGUAUAGUAAAUUGAAUUCAUUAUGAAAAAAGAGAAAAUUAUGAUUAAAUUUAUAUUUCAGAUAUAUAAUAUCAUACUUUGAUCAUUUGAAAACAUCUUAAUAUAAUAUAAUAAAAUGUAAUAUAGUGCAUAUGUAUAA